AUGGCGACUUCCGUGUUCGCAGAAGAGCCAUCAAUUCACCUCUAUUGUCCCGUGUGUAAAAACCUCUUCCAGGACCCUGUAAUCAGUGUUGGUUGUGGCCAUACAUUCUGCCGGCUCUGCUCAACAGAUGAGGACUCUUUGGUGCUUUUGGAAGUUUGUCCCGUGGACAAUAAACAGUUAAAAAAUACAUCUGUUUUUGAGAACAGAGCAAUAAAAUCCCAGAUCGAUGAGUUGCUCGUCUACUGUAAGAAUGGAAUCAAACGCUUUAGCUCACGCAAUGAUGAACUCAUCACAGACAGCUGUGGCUGCCCUGAGCUCGUCAAACUGUCCCAGAAGACUGACCAUGAAAAGACGUGCCCUUAUAGCGCUCUUUCUUGCCCCAACAGCCCGGAGUGUGGCGUCCUUCAGCGUCAGUUCCUGGAGGAUCACAUCUUGAGUGUGUGCUCUUUUAUCAAGUGUGAAUUUCACCAGAGAGGUUGUUUGUUUCAUGGAACAUCCCAAGCUGUUGAGCACCACUGCCAGACAUGCCAAUACAAAUCUGUACCAUCAGUAACUACAGAGUCAGAAGGUAUCCAACAGUUUGCUGACGAUGAAAGCCUAAGGAAGCAAGUCCAGACACUGGCCCAAAAAGUGAUGCUCCUCGACAAGAGCCGAGAAGAAAUGAAAGCCAACCUGGACACCUGCACAAGCGCCUUGGCUGACAUGAUGGCGAAGUACAACAGCUUAAGAUUAGCCAUCGACCAACAUGAAACAAAGCUGUCAUCAGCUUCUUUCAAUCGGGCACGGCGGAUCGGGAUGAAAUCCAGAACACCUUCAGAGCGACGUGAUUCUUCCAGCCCAGAGAACACAAUUUCCAGCUUUGAUAACUGGCAGGUACCUUUUGAAUUUAAGUGCAUUGGAACUCUGAGAGGUCAUGAAGGUGCUAUCCACUGCCUAGCAACCAGGGGUCAUAGGUUAUACUCAAGCGGAGCUGACAAGCUCAUCAAAGUGUGGGACAUCGACGCCCUCAGCAAGGGCUGCGUACAGAAUAUUAAAGGACACACCGAUACAGUAAACGCUCUUCUAACUGGUAAGGAAUAUCUCUACAGCGCUGGUGCCGAUCAAUCCUUACGUAUGUGGAAAUACGACACCAUGACAGAGCACAAAUGUGUCAAACAUGCUCAUGACAGUGCUAUUUGUGCUUUGGCAAAGAACAGAAAGUAUCUCUUCUCUUCUGGUCAGUCAACCAUCAAGGUUUGGUUAGUUCACACUUUAGAAUCUGUAACAACGAUACCUGGAUUACAUCAUUGGGUUCGGGCAUUAACCAUAGAACCUUCUCAGGAAAGUCUUUACAGUGGUUCCCACAAUACAGUCUCUAUAUGGGAUGCCACAGGGCAGUUCACACUCAAGAGGAAACUGGAGCAUGAAUACGGGUCCGUCUAUUCCAUUGCAAUCACAUCACAGUAUAUCAUACUAGGUACACGGGGAGAAAAUGAGGACAAGAACAUUAACGAUAGAAAUUCAGGCACGUACAACAGGAACAUGCAAAUCUUUGACGUCAUCACCCAUCAGCAUGUAAAAUGCCUCGGCGGCCAUAUUGGAAUCGUUACUGACCUGGCAACGAGCCCUGCUGGUCAGUUUGUCAUAUCAAGCUCCUAUGACAACACAGUUCAGGUCUGGGACCUGAAGAAUUUUUUGUCCCUCCAAGUUCUCUCCCGACACCAGGGUAGCGUCAAUGUCAUCACCUUGCGUCAUAGUUUACUCUUCACUGGCUCAGAAGACAAAGAAAUCAAGAUAUUUAAAUACUUCUGCCUAAUCACCUACAGUAGCUUUGGCAACCACAUCUUGCCUGGAAAGGAUACGUGAUCAAAUACAAACUGAGAGAGAAGGUUUUUUAAAAGGUUGAUGAAGUAGGAGGAUCAGGCAAUACCAGAAGAAGAACCACUGCAGCUGAAAUGAAGAAAGAGAGGAACAUGAGGUAAGGAGUUUUGGGAGUAUAAUCGAACAUUUCAACAUGUGUAUUCUUACCUCUGAACUGGCCCCCCUGAUUUUAUAGCCAGUCUCACUGUCGCAUUCUGCACUUACAGUCACCAUUCUCAUUCUCCGCCUACUGGGGGUCAGCACCAAAACUCUGCUCUAGCUAUGUCAGCUGAAGAAAUGCCUAGUUGAUGAGAAAUAGGCACUCACAUAAACACAAAUUAUUAAGUGAAAUAUGCUUACAGUAAGCAUGUGUUUUUCGCUUACUUUAAGCAGAGACAUGAAAUUGGGUUUAACGUACGGAGGCCAUAAAGAAAGUCAAAUUGAAGAUAUUUGCGUCUAAUUAAUUUUGUGUGCUUGAUCCUUUUCCAGUGAUUUUAAAGAUACUUUUUAUAGCAGGCAAAUGAGUAAGUUUGUGAUGAACUAAAUUGUUCAGGACCAUACACUCGCCAAAUAAGUCUUGUUUGUUUAUAACUAUGUUAUUUAUCUAUUAAAACUGUUCAAAUUAAUUUCUUAAAAUAUUUAUUUUUGAAUAGAUGCAAAAAUUGCAUGAGAACAAAGACUAAUACAUGUAUAUUGGUGUUACCGUGUCACUGACAAUUGAUAUGUACAGGGUGUGUUUUAUGUUGAGUUUGUCAUUGGUUAAUCACUGGCCAAUGACAGAAACAGUGAUUGUUUAUAUAUCCAAUGAAACACACCCAGCAUACCUUUGAUGUCAUGCUGAAACUUGGGUGGGAUUCGAACCCACAUCUUCCACAUUCUAGACCAGAUGUGAAUUUUAACACAGACAUGGUGUUCUUUCUACUUUAGUCUGAUUUUCGAUGUUUUUUUCCCCUUGGGGAAAACUUUGCAAAAUUGUGCUGAAAUGACCUGGAGACUGGACACUAUUGGUUAUUACUCAAAACAAUUGUUAGCAUACAAACGUACUUGGUAACAAGCAAUGGAGA